AUGUCGGAGAAACCCACACCCUCGAAAGCAAAUGAAUGGUCCGGUGACAAAGCCGCCAAGUUCGACAACAAAGCAUUCAGCGAGUAUUACGAUCCAUGUCAGGAGGCGGCGGAUAGAAGCAUACGGUGUUUGAAGAGGAAUGGCGGAGAGAGGGCUAUGUGCUCGGACUUUUUCCAAGCAUAUCGGGAUUGCAAGGAGCAAUGGCAAGCUGCAAGGAAAGAGGCUAGAAAGAACAAGUCAUGGUUUGGAUGA